AUGGUGCUAGAAAUUGUGACUUCUAUGGGGUUAUUGUUUGUGGGUAUUGCUGUUUUGGUCAUAAUUCAUGUAUGUUUAGCUGGGAGGAGAUCAAGGAUGAAUCAAGAAGGCAUUGGGAGUAGUACUUUGGUGCAAAGGAGUAGUAUCAUGUCAAAAGAUGAUAUAAAGAAUCUUCCAUGGUAUGAUUAUCAAGAAGAUGUAGAAAAAGGAGCUGAGUGUGUUGUGUGUUUGGAGGGUUUUAAGGGUGGUGAUAAGUGUAGAUUGUUGCCAAACUGUAGACAUACUUUUCAUGCUAAUUGUAUUGAUUCAUGGCUCAUUAAGACUGGUGCUUGUCCACUUUGUAGGACUUGUGUUGAUUUGGGGGGAAAUUGUGGAGGAAAAAAUUGA